UCCUUGGGGGCCUCCAGAAAACCACAGGCCGCCGGGCCAGGCCGCCCGGGGCCGGCAGGAUGGCGGAGGGCAAAGCGGGAGGCGCCGCCGGCUUGUUCGCCAAGCAGGUGCAGAAGAAGUUCAGCAGGGCCCAGGAGAAGGUACUGCAGAAGUUGGGGAAAACUGUGGAAACCAAAGAUGAACGGUUUGAACAAAGUGCCAACAAUUUCUACCAUCAACAGGCAGAAGGCCAGAAGCUCUACAAGGACCUGAAGAACUUCCUUAGUGCAGUCAAAGUGAUGCAUGAAAGCUCGAAGAGAGUGUCAGAAACCCUGCAGGAGAUCUACAGCAGCGAGUGGGACGGUCACGAGGAGCUGAAGGCCAUUGCAGGGAAUAAUGAUCUUCUUUGGGAAGACUAUGAAGAGAAACUAGCCGACCAGGCUUUGAGGACCAUGGAAAACUACGUAGCCCAGUUCAGCGAGAUUAAGGAAAGAAUUGCCAAGCGGGGUCGGAAACUUGUGGACUAUGACAGUGCCCGACACCACCUGGAGGCGGUUCAGAAUGCCAAGAAGAAAGAUGAGGCCAAGACUGCCAAGUGCUCAAAGGACAGUCAGAGAUGCCAAGGCUGGGGAGGGCUUGGGUCUGGGGAGGGAGAGGUGUGGCCCCAGGCAGAGGAAGAGUUCAACAAAGCCCAGAGUGUGUUUGAAGACUUGAACCAGGAACUGCUGGAGGAGCUGCCUGUUCUUUAUCACAGUCGUAUUGGAUGUUAUGUGACCAUCUUCCAAAACAUUUCCAACCUGAGGGACGUCUUCUACAGGGAGAUGAGCAAGCUGAACCACAGUCUCUAUGAGGUGAUGAGCAAACUGGAGAAGCAACAUUCCAACAAAGUCUUUGUGGUGAAGGGAGUAUCCAGCAGCAGCAGACGCUCUCUAGUCAUUUCUUCCCCAGUUCACACGUCUGCAGUCUCCAGCCCCCUGACCUCACCUACCAGUCCCUCUGCACUUUCUUUGAAGAAUGAGAGGGAGUCCAUCUCUGCCAGUGACGAAGAGCUGGCAUCCGAUCUGGCCCCAGGAGAAGAGGAUUCUGAGAUUAAAGACAAGGAGACGGAGGAGGAAGAGUCGGAAGCCAGCUCCUCUGAGGAGGAAGAGUCCCUGCCAGCUUGCAACGGUCCCGCCCAGGCCCAGCCCUCUCCCGCCACUGAGGCCGGCAGGUCCCAGGAGGAAGUUCUCCCUUGCUCGCCCUCUCCGUCCCCAGGCAGUACCCUUACCCCCUCAGAGCAGCCCUCCUCUCUCCCAGAAGUAGUCCUCCGAACCCACACCUCAGGUGAAGGAGCUGAACAACCAAAGAAGAGAACCUCCAUCCAGAGGACCUCAGCACCUCCAAAUAGGCCUCCUCCACCCAGAGCCACUCCCAGCCCCCGGCACUCCUCAGGGAACAUACCCUCCAGCCCUCUAGCCUCUGAGCAGGGCUCACCUGCCAGUCCUGGGGCCUUCUUGGGGGCUGGGACUCCAAGUCCUAGGACCUCUUUAGAGGUUUCUCCUGACCCACAGCCACCAGAAAAGCCAGUAAGAACUUCUGAGGCCAGAGAAAAGGAAAGCAUCAACAAUCUGAAUCCAGAAGAACUUUGUAUUUCCCCUACCUUGAUGUCUGAGGUCUUUUCAGAGUCUGACGCGGCAAAGAAGAUGGAGGGCAAGGAAGAGAACAGUCAGCUCACCUCCGCUGAGAGCCAAGAUCUUCAGCUUCAUGUCUCUGCCAUUCCAGAAGAGAGCAAUGUCAUGCCUCAAGAAGAGGUAUCUACAGUUCAAACUGAUUACCUCUGAAGAGGGGCUACUGAGACCUCCACACACACCUCCCCAGAGAAGCUUCUCAGCUAGAGGGUAUAUAGGUCAGAGGGACUUAAGAUCUAGCAUUCCUUUGUAGGUUCUCGAACCGUUUGAAUGCUGGUGGUCUUGAAACAUCUAGCAUUAAUGGAGGCUGAGGAGCAGACUUGGGGGAGGGAGGGCGGCAGGCUGGGGAGAAGAAACUCUUAGUUCCCGGGAAUAUUUAAUUCAGGCUUUUAGCACUGUUAGAAUAAGAAGACUUCAUAUAUUAAGUAAAGUCGGCCUAAAGUGACUAUAAAAAGCAUAAGCAUCUGUAGACAGAGACACGUCUGCAUAGAGACACAUUACCACAAGUACUCAGAGAAUAGUGAACGAAUCUUUGACUUACCACUCAUUUUGCAAGACUUAGAGCCAAAAGAACAGAUUUUCAGAUUGUUAAAUAAAGGAUUACUCUG